GCAGUUGACUACAGGCUCGAUUCACAUCAGUCUUCCUUACUUUUGCAGUUUUUCAACAUGAUUCCCUUCUCGGUCGACCUCACGGAGGUCCAGAAACGAAUAGACAAAGUCACUCGGUUUUUAGGUGCAACUCUGAGCAUCGCCAACGCUCACACUGUGGAGUUCUACACCCACGACGUGUGGAGCCGUUUUGUGGCCGUGUCAGCCGAGGAGGUUCUGUCUGCCAUUGGCACAAGCGACCACCAGGGGGAGCCACAAGUCAUAAAAGAAGAGCCAUCCAAGACCACAUUUGGGUUUUGCCACGAUACAAACCGCCUGGUUGAUGUCCAUGAACUUUUGCGAGAAGCAAAGGCCCACUCAAUUCCUGGUCUGGGACUCUGCAUGAGCCGCAAUGAGCUUCUGGAGGUCCUCAGACGAAACAUGUCUGAAUUGGGCGAUACUUCCACGGAUGAGUUGGAGCCUGAUGAGUUUAUGAACACAAAGAAAUCCCAUGAGGUCCAAUCCAUGUCGGAGGUGGUGGACUGUUUAGCCAAGUGCUGUGGAGUCAAACAGGAAAGUAUAAUAUCUAAAUGUAAACCUGUGAUAGACGUGGGUUCAGGGAAGGGCUACCUGAGCUCCUUCCUGUCCCUACAGCACGGCCUCCGGGUCUUCGGCAUUGACUCGUCCAGCAUCAACACGCACGGCGCCCAGGAGAGAAACCGGAAGUUGAAGAAGUUCUCCAAGGUCUACCACAAACGCAGGAAGGCUAAAAGGGAAGAAGAAGAAGAGGAGCUUCAGGAAGAGGUUGCAGAGCUGAAAACUGGAGAUGACAGUGGGCCACGGGAGGUGCUGCAGAUACCAGACUCUGCAGAGGACACGGAGGAGCUCUUCCUCAGCGCCUUGUCAUUGGAUGUGAUUCAGCCGGGGAGGACGUCUCCUCGGUCGCUGACUGAUGAGGAGAGGGAGAGGAGGAAGAAGGAGAACCUGGAGAGGAAAGCCCAGAACAGGAGCAGCAGCACAGACGCCGUCUUCUCACCGCUCACGUCAUACGUUACCGCGGAAACGGAGCUUAGGGAACUCAUCGGUGACCUGGAGGAUGCGGUCUUGGUGGGCCUGCACACGUGUGGCGACCUGGCUCCCAGCACCCUCAGGAUGUUUGUGGCGAAAGCGGAGCUGCUGGCCGUCUGCAGCGUGGGAUGCUGCUACCAUCAGCUCUCUGAGGAGUUUCAACCUGACCUGCAGGAUUGUUUGGGUUCUGUGUUCGGUUUCCCCCUGAGUCAGCACCUCCGCCGCCACUCGUGGUUCUGCGGCAGAAACGCCCGCAUGUCUGCGUGCUUGGCGCUGGAGAGAGUUGCAGUGGGCCAGGGGAUCCAAAUGGAGUCUCUGUUCUACCGGGCUGUCCUGCAUGUUAUCCUCAGGGAUCACUACCACACCCAUAAAAGUGAAAAGCGAGUGGGGAACGUCUACUCCAAGGCUAAAUCCUUUGAGGAUUACAUUCGGCGGGCUCUUCGAAAACUGGACCUGGACGAUUCGCAACUUUCUGACGGGGACAUCCGACGGUACCACGAUGCCUUCAGCCCGCGCCGGUCCGAAAUGCAUGCCUUUAAUCUGUUGAAGGUGACUCUUGCGCCCUGCAUUGAAGGCCUCAUUCUCUUGGAUCGCCUCUGCUUCCUUAAAGAACAGGAAGAUGGAUCUUUCGCUGCUUUGGUGCAACUUUUCGACCCGCUUCUGUCACCAAGAUGUUACGCUAUCGUAGGACUGAAGGACGAAAGGAACAGGAAGUCACCAAAAUGCGAUGGCAUAAAUUCCUAGGAUUUGCUUUACAUUAUUUAAAAAAUGAAUUGGACUUUUACUGAUGAGAUUCUCAGAUGGAUUAUAACAAUAAGGUCGUACUGUCAAACAAAACUUGGUGGCAACUUUUUCCCCCACUUGUGACGCCAAGGUCCUACAUUACUGUUGGAUUGAUGGACCAUACAAACAGUCACCAAAAGGUGUUGCUAAUCAUUCCGUGACUGUUUUCCGUGACUUUUUAAAAGUAAAGUGAGGUUUUACUGAUGAGCGUCUCAGAUAGAUCAUCUCGAUUAAGCAAACAAAACUAAUUAUUAAUUGGCGGUGCAUUAAAAUCAGAUGUAAAUAAAAAACAUGUUGCAGAAAUCCCAAUCAUAGACGCUCAGUUCUAUAAAUCCACAAUUUCCAGUAAAUAUUUGGACUAAUUUGUCAAAAGGUGGACUUGGUUCUGUUAGAUCAGUGAACCAUUGUUGGGCUGCAACCAAUAAAUAUCUGUUUCUCAGCUGCGGUACUCAGUUGUAAUACACUUUUCCACCACUUGUGGCAGUAAUGACAAUGUUAAACAAACAGAAAAAGUCUGGAGCUAAAGUCAUUGAGAAGUUUCUUAAGCGCAAAAAUUAUGACUAAAGUGGCAAAGCUGUAUUUUCAUUUGCGCUUUAAUACAUAAUACAUUUCAGUUCAGUUAAGAAGCAUAUUCAUUAUUAAAUUAGUUUGAGGUGGCGACUUGUCCAGGGUGUACCCCGCCUUCCACCCGAGUGCAGCAGUGAUAGGGUCCAUCACCCCCCGCGACCCAGAGUGGGACAAGCGGUAGACAAUGGAUGGAUGGAUUUAUUUUGGCACAACAUAAUUGUAUGUAAAUACAUUUUCCGUCAGUUAUUUAUGAGUCUCUUGUUAUGCAGUAUAUUUGGCUAGUACUUAUUUUUCCAAUCAGCCUGACCUAAUCCUAAAUUGUAUGUUUUAAAUGAAUAAGCAUAUUUCUGAUUAACACAUGGUUUCAUAUCAUUAGACAAGGUUGUAAACUGUAAGUAGGUUAGAUAUACAAUACUCAGUUAUGGCCCCGAGGUCAAAAAGGUUAAAGAAACCCUGUGUUAGAUCAUUUGAUCACAACAUUUUACAGCAGAAUGGAUAUUUUGUUGCUUUGGUUUAACUUUUUGACCCGCUUCUGUCGCCAAGAUGUUACACUAUUGCAGGACUGUAAGACCACAGGAACAGGAAGUUACCAAAAUGUGUUCCCGAUUAUUCCUAUAGGAUAGCUUUACAUUAGAUAUUCCUGAUAAAAAUGUUCGAUGGCUCAUCUGGAUAACGUCGUACUAAUAAAGAAAAAUGACCAAGAGGGGGUUGCGGUGGGGCUGGAGCCUAUCUCAGCUGCACUUGGGCUGAAGGCAGUGCAC